AAAAAAAAAAAGGAUAAAUGCAUUAAAUGAUUCCCUUCGAUUUCUAUGACGUAAUUUAGAGAUGUAAUUUAGGUUUUUGAGCAUUUUCAGCACAGCAGUGACACAAUCAGUGGCCUAAUAAUGUGUGUCUCUAUCAGGAGUGGCAGUUGUUAAGGUUUUAAAACACCCUAAUGCCACUGCUGGGUUGAGAAAUGUUCACCAGACAAAGGCAGUCCUGUGGUCACAAACUGAAACUGAUGAAAGAUGAACAUACACUGAACUACAGACUCGAACUGCAUACCUACCUUUAAGGUCUAUUAAAGUGGUCACUAAGUGUACUGUGUUUAAAAACCACAGCAACGCUCCUGAACCUGAUGCACUUGUAUCAUAUCUGUGUUUCUGCAUCCACCAUUCAAAUCAUUCAUCUUUUUUCUUUUAUAAAUGUCUUGUUAAUAAAUUCAUUAUAAACAUUAAUAUAACAGUUAUAGUGUAGUGUUUCAGUCAGUACAUUUCUCUCUGCUUCCCUGUAGAGGCAAAUGUAUGAUGAUGUUUUACUUGGAAAUGCUAUUUGUGACAAGAAAUGCACUCACAAGUUGUUGUUGUUGAAUCCUGAGGUCACGACAGAUAAAAAAUGAAAAUACGUCAAUGUUGAAACAGUAACCUAUUGAAAAAAUAGUAUGAAUAAAUUAUAUAUGGAAAAAAAUAAUAACAAUAAAUAAUGAGUUCUAGAAUAUUUCAUAAAAUUGGAAAAAAUAUAAUGACUCUUUGCCUAAUUUAUCUGUUUUUUUGUUUUUUUCUUAAUAGAUAAAGGGGUUUGUAUUGAAUAGGAUGGUGAGGUAGUGGUAGAUGAGACAGAGCUCUUUACAGUCUUCAUUUAAUGGUUUAAAACUUUUCACAAUACAUUUGUUUGACGUGAACGUCUAUUAUCUGUAUGUACCUGUAUCUGUAUGUAUGUUUCAAACCCGGUCACAGCCGUAAUGCUUUUUUAUUCUUCACAUGAUAUUAAGUGAAAUACAAAUAUUUCAAAAAAAAGAUUUUUAGCUUAAGACAAGCUGCAUUUAAGAUAUGUAUGUUAAUCAUUCUGAUUUCAAAUCUAAACUUCACAGCUUUUUAAAAGUAUGUUUCUCCCUAAAAUGUUAAUUUCUAUUCACGUCCAUAAUGGAAUUUACUUCGCUGCAGUCUCUGCUAAGUGAAAACAUGUUUUUGUGUUUGUGUUCCUGUGAGGUUCUCGGAAAAUACAAGCCAAAUGAUUUGCUAAAUGCUUAAUCAGUGCAAUUUGUAAGCUAUUUAGUUCCACUUUAUGAGUGCAAAUGUUACAUCCAUAAAUCUGGAAUUUCCUUUUUGCAAAUAACAGCUAGGAAACAAAGACUGUACAUUUUAUAUUAACCAAAAAUGGUCUUGGUUGUCUUGUGGGUGUAUGUGAGUUGUAACCUCUCAGGCUAAAAGCAGACUUGAGCAUCAGCUGACUGGUCACUUCGGGUGCCUGUGUGGACAGAUGGUACGAGUAGGGGUAUAACUGUAGCCGUGCUGAAUCCUGCCCCUCCAACAGAACCUGUUCCCAGUGGGUUGAGGGCAGUUGGCAGAGGGAGCCGGAUGCCCCUGGUGCUCCUGAAGGAAAAGUGUGUCUCGUCUCCCUGGCUCCUGUGGAGCAUGAGUCACUAUACUGGUGGAUGUUGCACUACAUUUUUUGCUGAAACGUGUGGUCUUAAAUUGUGAGCCUAGUUCUUUUGUUGGCUUAAGCCAAAUGCACACUAUAGAACUUUCAGAAUCUCUAACCUGCGCACACUACAAGACUUGUGACUCAGUUGUUUGGUGGAUGUAGGGGCAUAGAUACUACACAACCUAUCACCUGGACAGAUCCCUGAACCCUAAAUACUGCAUUCUCACGAAAAUAAACGCAAAAGCUGUGUAUCGUGUGACUUUGUACGGAAACAUUAAAAAGAGAAAUAGGAGAACAUGUGGAGGACGGAUUGAUUGGUAAAACACAGGCAGCGAGGAUCGUCAAUUCUGCCAAGAGAACCUGAGGUAUAGUGUAAACGUAGCUAUUUUUAUACUGCGCGUCACGAGGAAUCAUGUGUUUGUUUUUAUUUUUGCUGUUCCUAACGACCAUUUAGGUAUGCCAUGCCAUGCUUUCUUACAGAAGCAUUUUUAUUGUGCCUACAUUUUGCAUUUGUCCUACUACACAAAUAGCUGGAUGGAGAGAACUGGAUUCAGGAAUCUGCUGCGCAUGACAGCGGAUGAAUUUGAGUUCCUCUUGGGCUCUCAUUGGCUGUUUUUCAGUGUUGUUCUAGCUUCUAGUCUCAGAGGGCGUCAUUGCCAAGAGAAUCAAACAAGUUUGAAAAUAUCUGAGCCUCUGCAAUCGCUCACAGACUAAGAAAAAUUGCGUUGAUUAACUGCACACUUCCUGAACUUCACACUACAUGAGCAGUCGUUUCGGGAAAGUGCAGCGAAUAAUCACAAAACCGAGUUGUUAAAUUAGUUGGACAUUGGGGCUAAAGUCAUGUAGUGUGGCUUUAUGAGGCAAUAUGCAGUUUAGAUUGCAGCAACUCAUACAGCUUUAUCCCUGUCAUUUGCAGUAGAACUUCAAUUACCAGAUUUACUGAAUUACUUUACAAGGCCUUCAGUUAUUUAACAGCACUAGUAUGUCAUGAUGGUUUGCAAAGACAAAGAUAUUUUUCAUGUCUAAUCCUCUGAAGCCAUGUUUAUCCAUUAAUUUUCAUUCUUUUCAUAUGGGUGCGUCCCUAAUUGUUACAUACAGUUAACUGAGGAGCACAGCAGGGAAAACCGGUUAUUUUACUGAAUCAUGUCCAUAUGCUCUGUACUUUGUUCCUUUAACAUCCUGCUCUGUCAGUGGGGUGCUAGCAUGCCAUCACGCAAGUCAAAUAUUAUUUUGUUAACACAAAAGAACUGUUGAUAGCAAAUUGAAACACAACGCUUUAUACUUAGAGGAUCUGUAUUCUCUCAGCGCUGAAUGUAUUCAGCUUUAAUAAGAAUUUAAUGAUCUGAAAGUACAGAUAAAUUUUUUAUGGGCCGGUUGUUGUGCUCUGUCACAAAUAUUUAAUUAGCAUAAACAGUUAAAGUAUCCUGGUGCGUUUAACGUUAGUAUCUGUGUAAAAGAGCUAAACGUUAAAGGCACUUCUGUCCUGCAAGUAGAGAAAAAUGCAUCAAGUAGGACAUGCUCAGCAUCUGCUCCUGUCAGGCCCCUCAUGUGGCUGAGCAUGUGACUUUGUUUUUGUGAAUACUGCUGGGCCUCGAUGGGGAGAACUAACUCUUCAUUCUCUAGCAGAGAAAAGAGACAAUGUCUGCGUGGACACAUUAGGCCUUGUUUGCUCUCAUAGUUCACUGGACUACACUGAGGUUUUAUGAGAAACUAAAAAGGCAAUCUUGAGAUGGAUUAGACUCCUCCUCUGGAGAUGCGCGAUGCCGGAUCCACAGCCUAAGUAGUGCUGAGUGGAGAGAGCUGAGAGCUGGGAGCUGAACGAUGGGGAAUAUAGCGACUAAGUUUCGAAAGGCGCUGAUUAACGGAGAUGAGGUGCUCGCCUACCAGCUGUACGAGGGCAACCCGCAGUUUAAAGAGUCACUGGACCCCAACACCUCAUAUGGGGAGCCUUAUCAACAUAACACCCCUCUCCACUACGCUGCUAGGCAUGCGAUGACACGGAUACUCAGGUCCUUCCUAUUCAGCAAGGAUGGCAACCCCAACAAACGCAACGUGCACAAUGAGACGGCGCUGCACGUGCUGUGCAUGGGACCGCACAUCCUGCUGGCAGAGGGGACGCUGCAGCCGCGCCUGGCACGGCCCUACGAGGAUGAGCGGCGUCGUGCUGACUGCCUCCAGAUGAUCCUUAAGUGGACCGGUGCCAAGCUGGACCGUGGCGAGUACGAGAGUGCUGAUGUCAACGCCACUGACAACAAGAAAAACACGCCACUGCACUAUGCCGCUGCCUCAGGGAUGAAGACGUGUGUGGAGCUGCUUGUAAAGCGUGAUGCAGACCUGUUUGCUGAGAACGACAAUAAGGAGACACCAUGCGACUGUGCAGAGAAGCAGCAUCAUAAGGAGUUGGCACUGAGUCUGGAGUCUCAGAUGGUCUUCUCAACAGACCCCAAUGCUGAGGACAUUGAGGCUGAGUACGCUGCCCUUGACCGCAGGGAGUUUUACGAGGGCCUGCGGGUCCAGGACCUGAGGAGACUGAAGGACAUGUUGAUAGUGGAGACAGCAGACAUGCUGCAGGCUCCUCUCUUCACUGCAGAGGCUCUCCUCAGGGCACAUGACUGGGACAGAGAGAAGCUUCUAGAGGCGUGGAUGUCCAAUGCUGAGGACUGCUGCCAGCGCUCUGGUGUUCAGAUGCCCACUCCUCCACCCAAAGGCUACAAUGCCUGGGAUACACUACCCUCACCCCGAACGCCACGCACCACCCGCUCCUCCAUCACGUCACCUGACGAAAUCAGCCUCUCGCCUGCUGAUGACGAUCGCUCCCUGUGUGGUAUAUGUAUGUGUGCUGCCUCCAUGUUCGAAGAGCCUGUUGAUAUCCCGUGUGGGCAUGAGUUCUGCAGAUCAUGCUGGGAAAGCUUUUUGAAUAUGAAGAUCCAGGAGGGAGAGGCUCAUAACAUCUUCUGCCCAGCCUAUGACUGCUUCCAGCUGGUUCCCGUGGAGGUUAUAGAAAGUGUCGUGUCCAGGGAGAUGGACAAGCGGUACCUGCAGUUUGACAUUAAGGCCUUUGUGGAGAACAACCCUGCCAUCCGGUGGUGUCCGCGGGCAGGCUGUGAGAGAGCGGUACGCUUAGCGAGGCAGGGGCCUGGUGCCAGCGCCUCCGACCCGCUCAGCUUUCCUCUGCUCCAGGCCCCGGCUGUGGACUGUGGCAAAGGCCAUCUCUUCUGCUGGGAGUGCCAGGGGGAGGCUCAUGAACCCUGUGACUGCCAAACAUGGAAAAUGUGGCUGCAGAAAGUUACUGAGAUGAAGCCAGAAGAAUUGGCAGGUGUGAGUGAGGCGUAUGAAGAUGCUGCCAACUGUCUGUGGUUACUCACCAACUCCAAACCCUGCGCCAACUGCAAGUCUCCCAUUCAGAAGAAUGAAGGCUGCAACCACAUGCAGUGUGCCAAGUGUAAGUAUGAUUUCUGCUGGAUCUGUCUGGAGGAGUGGAAGAAGCACAGCUCUUCUACAGGAGGAUAUUACCGCUGCACUCGCUACGAGGUCAUCCAACAGGUGGAAGAGCAGUCUAAAGAAAUGACCGUGGAGGCUGAGAAGAAGCACAAGAGCUACCAGGAACUUGAUCGCUUUAUGCACUACUACACACGCUUCAAAAAUCAUGAGCACAGCUACCAGCUGGAAGAGCGUCUCCUUAAAACGGCCAAAGACAAGAUGGAGCAGCUGAGCAAAGUCCUGAGUGGAAGGGAAGGAGGCGCUCCAGACACUACUUUCAUUGAAGAUGCAGUCCAUGAACUUCUUAAGACUCGCCGUAUCCUCAAGUGCUCUUACCCUUAUGGUUUCUUUCUGGAGCCCAAAAGCACCAAGAAAGAGAUCUUUGAACUUAUGCAGACCGAUCUAGAGAUGGUAACGGAGGAUCUUGCCCAAAAAGUAAACAGGCCCUACCUCCGUACCCCUCGCCAUAAGAUAAUCCGUGCCGCCUGCCUGGUGCAACAGAAGAGGCAGGAGUUCCUGGCCUCUGUGGCUCGAGGCGUGGCACCCAACGACUCACCUGAAGCCCCACGACGCAGUUUUGCUGGGGGCACAUGGGACUGGGAGUACCUGGGUUUCGCAUCUCCAGAGAUCCAGGGGAGUCAGGCAAUUCUCGGAGGAAUUGAUCCGAGAGUCCACAUUCAAAAUGCAGGAGGCCAGCGGCAGGAGUAUGCGGAGUUCCAGUACAGACGCAGACACAGACAGCGCAGGCGCGGAGACAUGACCAGUCUGCGCAGCAACACCCCGGACUCUGAUGAGCCCAACCCCAGCAAUUUAGAUUCCGAACAAGUUGGUUGUAGUCAGAGACAAGGAUUACCUAUGCCCAACAGCUCCUUGGAUGAAGACGAUCCUAACAUCCUGCUGGCCAUCCAGCUCUCUCUGCAGGAGACUGGAAUGGCCAUGGGGGACGGAGGUGCUGUAGACACCCAGGAGCUGCUGGCUCACGAGGCAUCUCUGGGGGCCAUCGGCACUUCUCUGCCCUCCAGACUGGACCCAUUGCUCCAUGGUGUGGAUGUUCCCCGUGCUGCACUGAGCAGUUCUGAGCUUCUGGAGCUCGGAGACAGUCUAAAGAAGCUGGGUAACAUGAGUGGCCAGAACGUCCCGCAACGCUUUAACAUUGUGGGCAAUUCCAGCCGCGAGCCCACCGGAGGCCCUUUUCCACCUCCUUCUGGACACGCAGACUCUGCUGAAUUAGACUCUGCUGACAAUGCUAAUCUUCUGGGCAACAUAAUGGCCUGGUUCCAUGACAUGAACCCUCAGAACAUCAGUCUGGUUCCUUCAGCCACUUCUUCUGAUCCAGAGUUUGGCGCUCAGCUCAGCUCUGAGCAGACAGUGGAAAAGCCCUUCCAGCAGUGGACAGCAGAGGGCGAGCAAGAGGAUUGCGAAUACAGCAGCAUGCAAGAGAGGGAGCCUGUCAGACCCACUCAGCUGGACCUGGUGAGUGUAGAUGUGCCAUCUGCAACCGCUCUUGUGCCCCAGAUGAGUGAAACCCUUGGCGCCUCUCAGCCGAGCCACCACGGCGACACCCUUAAAUGUGACUCGGACCCUGAGCAGCCAAGCAGCAGCUCUUCAGAGUGGGAGGGUCAAGUGCACCUUGUAUGAAAUCAAGCCUCCUCCUCCUCCUGUUCCUCCUCCAUAACCACUUUUGAUGUGAAUAAGCUGAUGAAGACAUCAAUCGUGAGAAGGGAAUCAUUCAUAUACUGACAUGAUUAGAAAUCGGCUGAAGCCCUAUUUUAAGAACAAUGAAAUUGUCUUGAAACUUGUCUGGUGUCUCUUGCUGCAGGCCUGUGUUUUUUGUGCUUUGAGGACAUGAUGUGUAAUUUUCUAAUUAGAAGCAGACAGUGUUUCACAGUCUUGAAAAGGUGAACAAUUAUGAAAAGGAAAGCAGUUGAAGCAGAAACCGCCAACGGAACAAAAUAUGCCUGUCUGUAGUCUGUGGCAGGGAAUAAUUAGGGUAGUGAGCUUCACUAUAGAACUGUCAGAUCUCUUUACACAAAAAGGUCUACUGUAUUGAACAGGACUGUUCAGUCUGACAGAACUGGUUUCCGUGAAUGUCCCGUGCAACCUGAGCAGGUAUUUUUUUUUUUUUUUUUUUUUUUUUUUUUUUUUGGGAAAGACCUGCCAUCAUAGUGAUAGGUGUUACUGUAGGUGCCAUAAACACUGGUCAGCACAUGCAGAGUUCACACACACAGUGGACAGAGUGUUGACUGUGCCUGCUGCUGAGGGCUAGAGAGCCCUUUUGUAAACACAACCCUUCCUUUAAACCCAGUGUAUAGUAGUGGAGAAAUUAACUCUAGCAGCUUCCUUUGGAGAGCUGGGCUGUUCUGAGGUGUUGAUCAUGGCAAAAGAAAGCGCAGUUGUUCCAGUCGCAAACUCUUCAUUUCUUUGGUCAAACCUGAUCACUGUAAUAUGCUACUGGUAUUUUAAAAUGGAAAGUAACGUUGAAUUCGUCCUGUGCAGGAACACUGCAAUGGUUACACUACGCAACUUAUUACAGUGCCUUGUCCCUGAACCUCCCCACUUAUUUAUUGCCACAUCUCUCGAGUGCUCUAUCAAUGAUGCGUGCUACCUUAAACUGCACGUCACUCUAGUUUUCAAUGGCAAUGGAAGUAACAGUCUCCAGAUUUAGCAUUUGUAUUAACUUUUUUCUAUAUUCUUGACCACCCUUUAGUUAGUCUCUGGGCUCCAUCUCCAGAGCUUUUUAUAAAACAGCUAUUAACACAGGCUUGUGUGGGAUCACUGCUGAUGAUAUUUUUUCCUGUAUCUCUUAUCCAAACCAGUUUUAGUGGUGAUAAAAUGAGUUGAGUGUUCGAGAUGAUGUGUGUACAGUACGUGAUGCCAUUGUGCUUCAUCCAUAAUGUAAAGCGCCAGACCUAAUAUAUUGUGAAAUUGAUUUUCUAUUUAUUUGAAAUUGAAUGUCUUUCAUAAAAAAAAAAACCUGAAAUAAUGGAUAAUGUACAAAAAAUGAAUGAAAGCCAAUGUUUUUGUCCAUGUGUCAAAAAACAGUCCUUUUACAGUGCCACUUUUAAAUAAUGCGCUUUAAACUAAUUAAUUGUUACUACUGAGGUGAUUUCUUUUGUUAAUAGCCUUUUAAACAAACAAACGGCAAGCUUUUUGGUAUGGGCAUAUAAUUCCUAUAAACCCCCCUGGCCAUAUUCUCAAUCUAAACUGCCAUUUUAUUAAUCCUGAAUGGCAGUAUUCACUGAUAACAUUUUGGAAGUGGUAAAUUCGCACUUAACUUUAAAGAAAUCCCCAAACGAUAAUGGUAUAUAUUAAUGCAGUUUUGCAUUGCUGAAGAAAAACAAUUACUGUAUUGCCAAUCAAAAUUUAAUUCCGUAGUGAAAAAGCAAAUCUGUCCUAGUAGUGAUGGUAGAAUUACUGAAAUUCUGUACUUUACAUUUGACAUCGUCUCAUGUAUUUUGUGUACUCAUGUAGUACAAAAUGCUUUAAAGGUUUUUUUCUUUUUCUUUUCAUACCUAAAUAGAAUUGACUAAGUAACCUGCAGUAUUUCUUCAGUAAGCAGUAAUGUAUGUUGCCAAAGUGAUGGAGCUAACAUCGUGAAGCGCUCGGUAGGUUCUUUCCAUCGGUUUAGAUGUGAAGUGACACGUCCUUUAUGUGACAGUAUGCUGUGCAUUAAAUCAAAAUACACAAGUUCUAUUUUCUUGGAGAAAAAAAGGUGAUUUGAGUGUCAAUGCAGGCAAUUGGAGGAAAAAAAAGGCAAGCACAUUUUGUAACCCAUUUUAAAAAUUUAUAUUGUUAAGUGACUAAUCCUUGAAAUGUUAUUUGCACUUUCAUAGUCUAUACUUGAUACAUUCCCAGUUUAUAUGGAAAAAAAUAUAUAUAAAUGGUUGAUGUUUGGCCAAUACAUUUGACUGAACUGAGUAUGAAACUCAAUAAAGUUAUGAAGCCCCCCAGUA